GAGGGACCGGUGGUGCGGCAUCAGAUAGAAUUCAGAGUCGCUAUAGUAGUUACGUGUACAUUAGAAGUUAAUUUUAACAUUAAAAUGUUUUAUUAAAUUAUUGAAUGGCAAUUUUAAUAAGAUGGCGGUUUCGAACCAGUGGUUUCUACAGUGGUCCACCCCCGAUAUACAGUUCGCUGACGUAACAAGGAAUUUCAAUCAUGUGAGACAAGAUCAUAAUUACAAUCACAAUUAUAAUCCGUAUUACAGUUUUGUUAAAAGUAAUCAAAAAACGACCAAUCAAGGAAACGGCGGCGGACAGGAUAGUGGGUUUAUUCUGAAGAAACAGACAAUUAAUGAUCGAACGCGAGUAGCCGGCGUGUCGCUAUGGCUGACCAUGCUCGGUCUGAGGACCAUGGCGUCUCUCCCCGUUGACAACGAGACUCCACCCUUCAGCACACUUUAUAAAUGGAAAUAUGUGGACUUUGAUUUUCCAUCAGAAAGACACCGACAGCGAUCUAUCUCUAAUGGCGACUACAUUCCAGAAAACUGCUUACCUCUCGGUUUAGAAGUAUGGGGUAAUCGUAUGUUCGUAUCGUUGCCAAGUUGGAGACGAGGAAUACCAGCAACCUUGACUACUGUGUCCCGCACUGGAGGCAACUCGUCACCGCUGCUUAAACCAUAUCCUGACUGGAGCUAUCAUAGAGCCUAUGAUAAAGGCAAGAACUGUACAGGGUUAACAUCGGUGUUUAGAAUGAAUGUCGAUUCCUGCGGGAGGCUGUGGGUCUUAGAUGCUGGUCAAAUAGAUUCUCAGGACUCACCAAAACAAAUAUGCCCUCCAAGUUUGGUUGUGUUUAAUCUCGAAAAAGAUAUACCAAUUGCCAGAUACGUUAUUCCAAAAAAAUACGUACUUGAAGAUUCCCUGUUCUCUAACAUAAUUGUGGAUACGCGAUUACAGGAUUGCUCUGACUUAUUUGUGUACAUAGCUGAUACGUGGCGUUUCGGUCUCAUAGUAUUUAGGGAGAGUGACCAAAUGUUCUGGCGCUUUAAUCACCACUUCUUCUUCCCAGAUCCACUUGCUUCGAAUUUUACUCUACACGGACUAAAUUUUCAAUGGACGGAUGGUAUAUUAGGUCUUGCAUUAUCUCCUAUCCAUCCCUACGGAGAUCGAAAACUGUAUUUUCAUCCAAUGUCCAGUUAUAGGGAAUUUUAUGUUCAAACUUCAGUUCUGAGAGAUCCUUCACGAGUUAACAGUAGCGCCAAUGAAUUUCGUUUACUCGAAGAAAGCCGAGGACCAUUCGGCCACUCAUCCGCGUCAGCUAUUGACAGAAACGGUAUCAUGUUCUAUGGUCUAGUAACCAGAGAUAGCGUUGGAUGUUGGGAUACGAGGAAGCCCUAUAUUAAAAGCUAUUUAGGGAUUGUUGCGAAAAAUGCCGAGACAUUAAUAUUUCCUAACGACAUAAGGAUAUCACAAGAGGAACGACAAACAAUUUUUGUGAUAACCAAUCGGUUGCCAAUGUAUCAGGAUGGACCAUUGGACCCUGAGGACUACAACUAUCGUAUAAUGUUUGCUGACACUUUAGACGCCGUUCAUGGAACUGUGUGUGAUCCUUCUUUUAUUCCCUUUCGUACCACCCAACGGGUUCACGGAAUGAUUUUUAAAUCAUUUUUGUUGAUAACGUCCUUCGGUUUAAUAAACACAUAUAGUACGUGCGACCAGAGGAAGGCUAUCGGUACUUUGUAUAGAUGGAAACAAAUUGAUUACAGCUAUCCCAGUCUAGGACUUCGACAACAAGCUAUUCAGAAUGGGGAUUUUAAUCAGAUCAAUGUUAUACCACUGGGCGUGGAGAGGUGGAAGAACCGUGUGUUUGUGAGUACACCAAGAUGGAAAAAGGGAGUUCCAGCUACUCUAUCCUCAAUCCCGGUGGAAGCGGUGGAGGAAUCACCGCCCUUGAGACCCUAUCCCAGUUGGGAUUGGCAUACAGCUGAGAACUGUACCGGUUUUACUUCGGUGUUCAGAAUGAGUAUCGAUCACUGUGGUGUGAUGUGGGUACUCGACUCCGGACAAGUGGAGGCCUUCGAAACGCCGCGUCAAAUAUGUCCGCCUACACUUUUUGCUAUAAGCCUAGACACUGACACCGUACUAGCCCGAUAUCCAAUACCCAGUGAAUUUGUAUUACAGAAUUCUCUUAUAACAAACUUAAUCGUCGAUUCGAGAGAUGCUCAGUGUAGAGAUUUACACGUAUACAUAGCUGACGCCUGGCGAUUUGGUCUCAUAGUGUUUAGAGAUGCCGACGCGUCCUUCUGGAGAUUCAGCCACUAUUCGUUCUACCCGGAACCCUUACUGUCGAACUAUACACUACACGGCUUGAACUACCAAUGGUCGGACGGCAUAUUUGGAAUGUCACUCGGAAGUUAUCAUCUCGGCGAUCGAGACCUCUACUACCACGCCAUGUCCAGCUCACUGGAAUUCGUCGUCAAAACGUCCGUGAUCCGUGAUCCGUCUCGCGUUAAUAACGCGGUGGGCGAGUUCAAACUUCUAGGUGACAGUCGUGGUAUGAAGGGACAAGUUUCCGCCGCGGCUGUGGACCGCAACGGUAUCAUGUUCUUUAGCCUUAUUUCGCUAGACAGUAUCGGGUGUUGGGACACACGUAAGGAUUACAAGCUUGACAACUUGGAUAUUGUUGCACAGAACAACAAUACCUUAGUGUUCCCUAACGAUUUACGCUUAGACCAUGAAGUGCCUCAAGUAGCUUGGAUAAUUACCAACAGGCUGCCUCAAUAUCAAUUCAAUCUGAUCGAUCCAAAUGAAUAUAACUACAGAGUCAUGUAUCUAGAUCCUAAUUUAGCUAUCGAAAAUUCCGUGUGUAAACCGGUUUAAAUUAUUCCCAAAUUUAAUCAGGUUUCAUGCACGAAAUAACAUAAAUAAAACAUUUCUAUAUAAAAAAAAAUCGUU